AUGCGCACGGGCAGCGCGCGGGUUGUCGCUCCAGGAGAUGAAAGGAGACAGCGCAGCAAUUUCUCCAAGCGGCCCCGGCGGCAUUGUAAGCAUUACCGAGUGCCAAUACACCAACUGGCCACAGAACAGUUGUUCCAGCGCGGUGAAAUCCCGGUGAUACAAGCUAUCGUAGCCCAAGAUCACUUUAUUCCAUGGAGACAGACAACACGCCUCAGUGUGGAUCCUGAGAUCAGCCCUGGCCAUGAAUUGGUAGACACUGGUCUUGUGCAGAAACUUGAAGGUUCCCAUAUCCUUUUGUUCUUUUUGUCGGUGCCGUUGUUUCAGAAUGGUCUGAUCAAAUUUUGUUUUCAUUUCCUCCUGGCAGACACGGGGAAGUUCAAGGCCCAGCCUUCCGAAAGCUCGGAGGAGGAGGAGGCGCCAGCUGCUCGAGACUCCUUAGCUGCUAUGCUAAGCAGCGCAGCCAAGAGCUGCAAAUUGAGCUCCAAAAUUCAACAGACGCGUUUCAGAGAGGUGCUGGCCAACAGCACCCUGGGCAAGAUGGUGAAGGCUCACCCCGAGAAGGCGGCCAAGUUUGGCCUGGCGGUGGUGCCCAAGUGGUCCCACAACAAGCCCUGGCCGCCUCCACCUGUUGUAGCGCACUUCAGCUCUCAGCCUUCUGCGUGGGCGCUGAGAUUGCUGCAAAAGACGGAAGAUCGAAAGAAAAAGGAGGAGGAAGGUGCUCGAAGAAGAAUGAGCACCAAUAUGGAGAGGAGAUUUACCAGGAAGAUGAGCAGAGCGCAGACAGACGGAGAAGAAAGGAUGCCGCCCGAAAACGACCUCAUCAGCGAUCUCGCCUCGGCGGUAACGUCGCAGCGCAAGCGGACACCACGGACCUCGAUGUUCAAGGGGCAAGGAGCCAGUAUGAGAAGGUAUUCUCGCCCUGAUGAAGAAGAGCGAUUGCAGGAUAUCUUGGAUCAUGCGGUGACCAUCAUCAAGAUGAACAUCCCAGAGAAGGAUUCCAUCAUUAAUUGCUUCCUGAAGCACUCCGAGACGACGCCCGGUCACCUCAGCAGCAAGGCACUUCUCCGAGGAUUUGCAGAGAUGGAGAUCCGGCCCAAGACCUUCAGAGAAAAGCAAACAAUGAAGCAGGUGCAAGAACUUGUGAUCAAGAAGUAUCGCAAAGAAGACAAGAACUUUGAGGUGGAUGGCAUCCAGAACCCGCUGAAGCACAAGAAGGGCGGCUGGCUCUUCGAAGAGUUCUUGGCCAUGACAGCCACGUACAAAGAGAUUGCGCGAGAAGAGCAAAUGGAGGUGGACCAGGCCUUGGCAGAUCAGAACUCUUGCGAGUUGGCCGUCAUCCGCGAGUUCCGCAAGGUGUAUAAUCAGAGCCGAAGUCAAGAGCAGAUGAUUGUGAAGGACGUCUUGGCCAUCCUGGCGAAGGUGGGCAUCCGAAAUCCCUCGGAUAAGGAGCUGGCACUUCUGCUGAAUCUGCAGUUGGGAGCCAACAUGGAACUUAGCCGCUUCCGACGGAUAGCCUUCGCUGACUUCAUUCCUGCAAUGCUCAAGAUCCAGGGCAUGCUGGCGCAAGUUCAGGGUGAUCUGGAAGAGGAGUCCUGA